GCAGCACACGUGGACAGUUCAUUGAAUGGUAAUCGUAAAGUGGAUGUCAGCUGCGCUAAUAUGGCAGAUGUGGUAUCUAAUGUUAAAAAAGUUGGGUUAGAAAAGUAUCCUCGUCAGGGACCUAGAAAUAUUCAAUAUGGAACAGCAGGCUUUAGGACAAGGUGGGCUGAAGACCUUGACUAUGUUCUGUAUCGUGUUGGUUUGUUGGCUGUUCUUAGAUCAAAAUCCAAAGGUGGUGCAGCUAUUGGGCUUAUGAUAACAGCAUCUCAUAAUCCAGAACCAGACAAUGGUGUGAAGUUAAUUGACCCUUUUGGUGAGAUGUUGCAACAAAGAUGGGAGAAGUUUGCUACAAGACUUGCAAAUGCCAGUGACACUGAAUUGGACUCUGCACUUCUUGAAAUAGUUGAGGCAGAAUCAAUCAGUUGGGAAACUCAAGCACUUGUGUGUGUUGGGCAGGAUACAAGACCAAGCAGUCCUGGCCUUGCCCAGGCAGCUGUAACAGGAAUAAGAACUAUGGGAGGAAAAGUGAAUGACUAUGGAAUUGUAACUACACCCAUGCUUCAUUACUUUGUGGCAUGUAUCAACAACAUUGGUAGUGCAUACAGUGAGCCAACAGAAGAUGGUUACUUCAAGAAAAUAAUCACAGCAUUCAAGAAACUUAGAGGAGAUAAGCCAGAAAAUGGUAAAUAUGUACCAAGUGUAAUGUUUGAUGGAGCAAAUGGUGUUGGAGCAAUGAAACUUGAAGCUGGUUUGUUGCACUUGCAUGAUUCUCUGCAGGUGCAGCUCUACAAUAAUGGUACUGGACAGUUGAAUUACAAGUGUGGUGCAGAUUAUAUAAAAGUGCAGCAGUGUGCACCAGUAGGAGUUCCACAGAAAAGUAAUGCUCGCUGUGUAUCUGUGGAUGGAGAUGCAGAUCGGAUUGUUUAUUAUUACAUUGACACACAUGACAAGUUUCAUCUGCUGGAUGGGGACAGAAUUGCAACCCUGAUUGCUGGAUAUCUCAUGGAAUUGAUUAAGAAAAGUGACCUGGGUCUUCAGCUAGGAUUAGUGCAGACAGCUUAUGCAAAUGGAAGUUCCACUAGCUACAUAUCCAAAACAUUGAAAGUUCCUGUGGCUUGUGUACCAACUGGUGUGAAACACUUGCAUCACAAAGCUAUGGAAUAUGACAUUGGAGUUUAUUUUGAAGCUAAUGGACAUGGAACUGUUACAUUCAGUGACUUCGCCACCAGAUGUAUCUGCAGUGCUGCUGAGGACUUAAGCUUACCUGCAGACCAGCUGCAUGCCACAGAAACAUUGGCAACCCUGAUGGAUGUCAUAAACCAGACAGUUGGUGAUGCGAUAUCAGACAUGCUGAUUGUGGAAACUGUUCUGCAUGCUAGAGGCUGGAGCAUAGAGGACUGGGAAGCUACAUACACUGACUUACCCAAUAGGCAGCUCAAAGUAGUGGUGAAGGAUCGAAGAGUGAUUGAAACAACAGAUGCAGAGAGGGUGUGUGUGACUCCAGCAGGACUCCAAGAUCAAAUCAACAUGCUUGUUAAAAAUUUCCCAAAUGGUAGAUCAUUUGUCAGACCUUCAGGAACAGAAGAUAUUGUUCGAGUUUAUGCAGAGGCAGACACACAGGCCAGUGCUGAUCGACUGGCACUUCAGGUCGCUUCUGUGGUACAUCAGUUGGCAGGGGGAAUAGGUAGUCCUCCUGUACCAGAGUGAUUGAUAAUGAAUAAAGCAAGUGGCUUGCAUGUGGUGAAAGGAUACAACUUAAAGGUAAUAAUUACAUAUUACAUAAAACAUUUUGAUUCCAUGCCUGGACAUUUUUGACUCGCAAUAACAAAAUAAUUUCAGUUUUCACGUGUAAUUAUUAAUGUAUGGAAUUUGUCACUUCAAGUUUAUGAUACUAAAGUUUCCUGUUUGUAUAAUUCAUAGUUUUCAAUUAACAAAAUACUGAAAACUACUAAAAGUCAAGAAAAUAAAACAAAAGUCUUGUAUCAUGAGUGUUAAA